AAUGUAUGCUUUGUUGACGUCACGAUGCAUGGUACUAAACAUGGCUGCAUCCAGGUAAGCAAUGAGUAUUGUUCUGCCUUCAAAUGAAUCCAACCUUAAAAGAGUUUCUUCGAAACGUUUCGCACCUUCGAAAUCUUUUCAAGACGCUAAAGAAAAACUCGGGCCUAUAUAUUUUAGUUCAAAACUAGUAGAAUGCCCUCAAAACGCCGUUGAAUUGUCAAAACUAUUACAAAAGUAUGAACAGAUCGACAAAAAAGCCUUUCGUUCAAAAGAAGAAAACAGGCGUCAACAACGAACAUUAGUACACAAUUUGGAAUCCAGAUAUUCGUUUACUGGGAGGAAUUCUGUACAGGUUCAAAAAGUGACCGAUGUAAAAUUACCACCAGCAGGAUUUCGUUAUCAUGCAGACGGAACAGCAAAAUUACAUCGGGUUCCAAUAGCUACUAGUUUUGAAGCUGGACAAGCAGUUUCAUCUGAUGAUUCUUCCAGUAAUCUUUCCGAUGAUUUUAUUGGUCGUAAAUCAUUAUUGUGGUCUUUAUAUACAGACGGAAGUGAUGACAAUACAUCAGACGGAGAUGGGACCAAACAAGAUAGAAUAAACGAAGGAAAAAAUUUGUUAAAAGUAAGUGACAAAUUGAUAUCACAAAUUGAAGAAGAACUGAAACUGAAUAACGCAGACAUACGACGACGUACGGGACAAAAAAAUAUGAAAACGGAGAGUAAGCAACACAGUGUAUCAUUUCAAACGUCGCCAGCAAAAUUGUCUUUCGGCAACAUUAACAAUAAAACAUCUGGAUUCGGUUUAGAAAGGAAAUAUUCUGCAUCAAAAGCAAGUUGUACCUCUUGUCAAUCAAAAAUGAAACACAAUAGCGAAGAUUUUAAAACUUUGCAGGAUAGACUGUCAAGAAAAACUAGUGCGCCAACUAUUCCAUGGAAGAUUGCAACCCAAGCAAAAUCAUUAGAAAACAGAUAUUAUUCCCUACCAUCUUUUAAAUCGCCGCAACCUCUAAGAGCGUCUUCUGAUAAUUUAUUUAGAAAAACUUCGAACUCUUUGAAACAAUUAAAGCACGCAAGUGAAAAAUCAGUGUUAAAAAAAGAGAGUGACGAAUUUACGUCUUCAAAACGUCGCCCCUCCUCACCCAAGCGAAAGCCCAGUAGAAAGACUUAUUCUGCGGUACCAGUGAAGUCUGUAAAGAGCAUACCUAUUGUUGGACGAUGUAGUAGUGCUGACAUUAUCAAACAAAGACAGAAAGAAGAAAAUGCUGAUUUGGAGGCAAAGGUUGGAGACUUUCUGAAAAGAUUAAAAAGUAGAACAGAAAGUUCAGUACCAGAAGUAUCCUUCUGAUACAACUUAUGUAAUAAAAUGAUAACUAACAAGA